AGUAGCGGCGGGCGCAGUGGGAGAGAGGAAGACAGACUGAGGGAGAAAGGGAGAGAUACCGUUUCCCCGCGAUCACGGAGACGCGCGUGCACACACGACGAGUGUCAACGCGACGCGACGCAACGCAGCGCAGCGCAGCGCAACGGGACGCGCAGCGGUGACGGUGCUGGAUCCCCAGUCGUGACAUCGUGCACCAGAAGCGGACACGCGUACGGACGGACAGACAGACAGACGGGCGGCGCGGCGAGGUCGAGUCGGGCCGCGAAUAAUCCGAGAAGAAUAUAGCCGUGCGGCCUCUCCCCUUCCCCGUCAGCGCGUCGCGUCGCGUCGGGUUCGCGUUCGUUCGCCAACGAGCGAGUGAGCGAGCGAACGAACGCGACUUCCUCCGAGGGCCUUCUCAUGCCGGAGCCUCGCCAUCAUCGUCCAGUCGUUUCGCCGAGGCAGGAGCGAUCGCGAUCCUGAGAUCGUCUCACCGCGAUUGUCGCGUCCGCCGCGUGUGUGUGUGUGUGUGUGUGUGUGUGUGCACGCGCGCGCGCGCGCGCAGUGCCGUAAUCGUCGAGCGGUGGGUAUCACGUAUAAUCAUCAUCGUCGUCGUCGUCAGCAGCAACCGUGCUCGUCGAGGUAGUCGUCCUCUCGUCGUCAUCGUCAUCGCCGUUCGGAGAACUCGAAGAGAACGGAACGACGAGAGUGUUGUGAUCUGUCGGCCGACCACCCGGACGUCAACGUCGUCGUCGCCGCCGCCGUCGUCGUCGUCGUGGCUACAUCGCCGACGUGCGUCGUCAUCGGCUAAGAGGCCAGUAGCGCUGCUGUGGUGAACGCGAGGUGGGAACUUCUUCGGAUUGCGUCUGAGAGAGAGAGAAGGAGAGUGAGCAGCGCGCUCGCUCUCUCUGUUCCUCCCACUCUGCGUCUCUCUCUCUCUCUCUCUCUCUCUCUCUCUCUCUCUCUCUCUCUCUUUUUUCUCGGGUCGCGUUUCCUGCGCUCUCGCACGCGCUCGAGAGUCCACGCAGGUAGGGCGAGCCGAUACCAGCCAGCCGGAGAGGUGGGAUUGACUGCGAGGAGAGCGAGUUUCGUAGUCGCGACCGGUGUUGGCCGCCCGUAACGCGCAGAUCGGCGAGCGCGAUCGGGCGUGAGACGAGGAGGCAGCAGGGGGCGAGAGAGGUGGGCUACGAGGGGACCAUCCUCGUCGGUAUCGCGGAGGACGACGCUGCUGGUGGUCGUGGCGACGGCGACGGUGGAGUUACCCCGGUGAUUUGAUUCCACCACGGUGAAAUAAUGCGCAGGUGAAGAACGGAGGAGGAGGAGGAGGAGGAGAAGAAGAAGAAGAAGGAGAAGAGAAGAAGAAUACCACCGAAGUCGUCGUCGUUGUGGGAACGAGAGGAGAGGUGUUCGCGGAGAAGAGCACGCAGCAAGAUCCCUGCAUCGUACGCGCUUACGUAGGUGCGUGAGGGAAGAAAUUAACGGAGUGAAGAAAAAGGAAGAGAAGGAAUCACAGAAACAGCCGCGAUCCGAAGCGACGCAGCAGCAGGAGGAACAACGCAGAAGAGGAGGAGGAGAACGUGGAGGUGAUAUCGGACGAGAAAAGAAAGACAAAGAGAUAGUCCAGGCGAACGAGGUAGAAGAGCCAGCGAGCGAACGAACGAGCAAACGAGCAAGUUAGCUAGCUAACGUGCGUGAGUCAAAAUGGCGCUGAACCAGGACGUGGACCAGUUGACCAAGAGCAACCUCGUGGUAAGGGUCGACCAGAAUUCCGAGUCAGACCUGCAGGCGCUGUUCGACACCGUGCUGAAGCCCGACUCGGCGCGGGUGCCGCUGACGGUGCCGCUGCGCAUGCGCAAGCUGCCGGACUCCUUCUUCACUCCACCGUCCACCGGCAGCAAGAGCCCGUCGAUCUCGCACUCGCGCGAGAACUCCGCGGAUUCCGCGUUCGGCACCGCCGCCGCGACACCGAGCAACGCCGGCGGCGGCGGCGGCGGCGGCGGUAGCGCGCCCAACGGCGGCGCGAACGGCAGCGGUGGCGGCGCAGGAGGCGCGGGUGGCGGCGCAGGCGGUGGUAACGCUGCCACAGACGCCGGUGGUGCCGGUGCGGGUGGCGGCGGCGCAGGCGGUGGCGGAGGCGCCGCCGGAGGCGGCGGUGCGGGCGCGAACAGCGCCGCAGGUGCGGCCGCGGCAGCCGCUGCGGCCGCCGCCGCCGCCGCAGCCGGCCUCACCGUCGCUCAUCCCCGCGCCCAUAGCAGCCCAGCCUCCCUUCAGCAGACGUACGCCUCAGCGCAGCAGGCGCCGCAGCACGCGCCGCAGCCGCACGCGCGUCACCACCACCAUCAUCAGAAACAGCGCAGCUACGACGUCAUCAGCACGGUCGACGACCUGGGCCCGUUGCCGCAGGGAUGGGAGCAGGCGCGCACCCCCGAGGGCCAGAUCUACUUCCUCAAUCACAUUACCCGCACAACUACAUGGGAAGAUCCGCGGAAAACGGCCGCUGCCGCGAACGUGGCGGCGGUCGCCGCCGCGGUGGAGAGCGGCAAGUCCAACGGCAACACGCUCGGUCCAUUGCCGGACGGAUGGGAACAGGCUCGCACAACCGAAGGCGAGAUCUACUUCAUCAAUCAUCAGACCCGCACCACCUCCUGGUUCGAUCCGCGAAUCCCGACGCAUCUUCAGAGAGCUCCCACAUCGGGCGCGAUGCUGCCGCAGAACUGGCUACAGCAGCAGCAGCCCACCGGCGGCGGCAUAAGCAGCCAGAGCCUGCAGGCCUGUCAGCAGAAACUACGCCUUCAGUCGCUGCAGAUGGAACGUGAACGCCUGAAGCAACGGCAACAGGAGAUCAUGCGCCAGCAAGAGCUGAUGCUGCGACAGAGUACUACCGACGCCAUGGACCCGUUCUUGUCUGGCAUUAACGAGCAACAUGCCCGCCAAGAGAGUGCCGAUAGCGGCUUAGGACUCGGUUCCGCCUAUUCUCUUCCUCAUACUCCGGAGGACUUCCUCGCGAACAUCGACGAUAACAUGGACGGCACGAGCGACGGCGGUGCGCCGAUGGAGACGCCCGAUUUGUCGACUCUGAGCGACAACAUCGAUUCGACCGACGAUCUUCUGCCGUCGCUUCAGUUGAGCGAAGAAUUCAGCAGUGACAUCUUGGACGACGUACAGUCGCUCAUCAAUCCCAACCCGACCAAACCGGAGAACGUACUGACGUGGCUGUAGUACAGCCCGAGGACCGAGGCUCGUACUCGCGGCGGAUUCGCUUGAUCGGCCUAACGAACGCGCCAUCGAUACCGCGACACCAAGGCGGGAGACGUGUACGCGAGAAACUCUUUCCGAGGGUUUUCGCCAAGAGCAAAACAUCACCAACAACAACGAAGUUAAACGACUGUUCCGCGACGAAGCGCACGCUCGCUUACGACGACGAUCUUCGAGCCUGGACACACAGUGGCCUUAUCAUUGCAGCGCAUUAUGCUCAACAAUACAGACACGUGUAUACGUAAGCGAUACAUAUAUACGUACAUAUGUGUAUAUAUAUACAUCGUUUAUGUAUACACCCACGUAGGUGUAAGAAUUCCCGUUCGUCGGGCCUCUCUCUCUGUCUCUCUUGCCAGGUGCGACUUUACGCGUUCGCGCACACGUACGAGUGUUCCCGAACGUUUUGUACAUAAAUUUUUAAUUUCCCGCCGUCUGUGGAGAGGCGCGUGAGAAAGAGCAAGCGAGAGAGAAAGAGAGAGAGAAGGGGGAGGGGGAGAGGAGAAGAAUUGAACGACUAAGUGGACGUUCUUCUCGGACAGGAAGGGAUACUUUGACGACAGCAAACGAUGCGACCGAUCGCCGAUAUUGCGCGUUUCUUGUCAUAGAACGCGACGAUAACGGCCGAACCGACUCGAUCUAUAUUUACGACCGAAUUCUCGACGAGAACUGCUGCUGCUGGCACCAUGACGUGCCGGUUUCUCGGCUGUGGAAGCGCGUUCGCGACAAUCGGGGACGAAGCGAGAGAACCUUACAAGUGCAAUCGAUCGUAGUCUCGUACAUCGCGAGAGAGAGAGAGAGAGAGAGAGAGAGAGAGAGACAGAGAUAAACAGAAAUCGUCAGGCUUUCUCGACGAACGUGAGCAGCAGGAGUCUUCGUUGGCCGUGACACGAUAGCCACGCGAUAACAAUCGUAUUCCCAGCGAUCGGAUUCUCCUGCGCGCGCGACGCAAAAGCCAACGCGGAGCCGACGGAAAAACCACCUUCGAUUGGGGACACUUGGGACUCGCGAGUCGUGUGUUAUCGCGAACACGUGAAGAAAUAUACGCGUCAUCCCGUGUACACGCGGGGUUCGGAGCGACGAGUCGUCGGGCUGCGUGUCGAACUGUCGCGCACUAUUGUGUAUCCGCGUUAACGAACGUCUUCGAACGAUCAUCAUCGCGCUCGCGGUGCGACUCAAUCACAAGCGAUACGCUUUAAAAGUGCCUUGUCCUUUUCUCAAAUGAUCAAUCUAAAAAAACGCGAGGCGACCGCGGCCACACCGCAGUCGUCGCCGUCGUCUUUCAACGCAAUAACCGUCCAUACAAAUCGUUCGCAUGAGAACACACGUGGUAAUAAUUAU